AUGGUAUCUCGUCUUGAGUGCUCUAUUUGUUUCUAUGAUUUUGAUGACGUCGAACAUUUGCCAAAAGUUCUAGAAGCAUGUGGACACACAUUCUGCUAUUCGUGUCUUGAGAGCUGGUUGGACAGUGAUGAGUCAUGUCCAAUGUGUCGUGUUCCUGUAAAUGAGAGAAAGACAAUUCCAACGAAUAUAGAGUUGUUGGCAGUUUUUAAACAAAAACAAACCAAUCCAGAAUGCAACUGUCACGAGUCCAGACUCUAUUACUGUCCAACAUGUCUGGCUCAAAACUAUGUGGAUUGGGAUGAGCGUCGGGAAAGUGGAGAGCAGACAUUCUGUUUCGGAUGUGCAUGCGAUCACUUUCACAAUAUGGAACACAAAAUCAAGCAUUUGGACUCGGAGCAUUUGGAUAUCACAAGCCUUGAAUUCGGAAACAACAAAGAGACGAAAGAAGGGGAAAGAAGCAGUAGUGUGUGCAGAAAGAUUACGAUCGGAAUAUCUGCAGUGAUUGUUCUGCUACUUUCGAUAGCUCUAACCAUUUCAAUGUGCUUCCUUUUCGAUGUUAUUCGAUUCUAA